UAACAAACAAUUAAAUCAGAAGUCUUGAAUACUUCCUGGCAAGCAAAUUAAAGAGCCUCCACCUUCUUUUUUUUAAUUUACUAAUUUUAUAGUGGUAAUAUCCAUACAAAAAUAAAUACUUGAUUUAUUUGUUAAUGAGGUUAUGUCUAAAAAGUCAGCUGUUGAGAGGAUUAAUCUUUAAACCGACUAUUUUAAUGUAUAUUCAAUGGAUAUAUCCAUAAUAAUUCCAAUUUAUAACGGCGAAAAGUUUAUUGAUUCAUGUUUUAAUAGUAUAUUAUACCAAGAAAUUGCAAAUCUUAAUGUUGAAAUAUGUGUUUGCAAUGAUGGAAGUAUAGAUAAUACCCCAAAUUUAUUAUCGAAUUGGGAAAACAUAUUCAAAUCUCAUAACUUCACUUUUAAACUAGUUAACCACCCAUUUGGUCAAUCUUUGGGUUGUGGAAAAUCAAAAAAUUCAGCUGUUUCAAUAAGCACUGGAAAAUAUCUGUGUUUUCAAGAUGUGGAUGAUUUAAUGUUUCCUCAUAGAUUAAUAGAACAAUACAAUGCAGCAAGUGAAUUAGCAAAUAAUUAUAUUGUUGGGUCACGAAUUGUAAGAGAACCCAAAAAUUCAACUGUAAGGUAUACAAAUUGGGCUAACAACUUAGAUGAUAAUAAAUUGGAUGUACAAAUAUUUACUUCUAAUGGACCAACAAUAAUUAUGCCAACGUGGUUUAUGCAUAGAAGUAUAUUUCACAAAAUUGGUGGUUUUUCUGAAAAGGUAAAAGGAGAACCUGAAGAUUUGAUAUUCUUUUAUAACCACUUGGAUUUAGGGGGAAAAUUACAUAGGGUUAAUCAAGUUUUAGUUUCUUAUACUUAUCAUACAAAUUGUACAACUCAUUCUAUUCAUGAAGACAUUAUUUGGGAUGUAAGAAUAAAACGAUUACAAGAAAAAAUAUUAAUUGAUUGGAAAGAAUUUACUAUAUGGAAUGCUGGGAAACAAGGACGAAAGUUAUUUAAGUCAUUAUCAGAAGAGAAUCAAAAGAAAGUUAUUGCAUUAUGUGAUGUUGAUAGUAACAAAGUUGGAAAAUAUUAUACUCCUUUUGAUUUAAACCUUAGAAUAAGUAAAAAACCUAUUGAAAUUAUUCAUUUUUCAAAAGCAAAGGCACCGAUUAUUAUAUGUGUUAAAAUGGAUAUGACCAAUGGAGUAUUUGAGGACAAUUUAAAUUCAUUGAACUUACAAGAAGGAAAAGAUUAUAUUAUAUUUAGUUAAAAUGUUAAAUAAAUUUCCUAAUUUUUUUUUAAACAUUU